AUGGAGAACUUAAAGGCUUUACACCUGAAAGAAAAAAUUCUUUUGAUAGAAUUAAAAGCUAUUCAAGAUCAAAUAGCUCUCUAUUACGAAAGUCUAGAACCAACUGCUAAUUCAGAGCAGGAAUCCGCAAGGAAACAAUCUGAAUCUAUUCCCUCUCAAAUGGCGAAGAGUAAAGAAAAAUCAAGUCCAUUUACACCUGUUGCUUUAGAAAAAAGCAAAUAUAGAGUAAAUGAAGAACUAAAAUCUUCAUCUAGCCCAGAAACAAACGGUUCUGAAGGCGGAGGUGGUGACUGUGGUAGCGGUGGCGGUGAUGGAGGGGGUAAUGAUGGUAAAGGUGGUAAUGGUGAUGCAGGUGGUGGUGGUGGGGGAGUGAUGGCGGCUCUGACCGCGGCUAGCUUGGCCUGGAGCUCGCUGACCCUACGAAAGAGUAUAGAGAUCUGA